AUGCGCGUGCCGUUGGAGGUGGCCAAGAGGCUGGGCACCCUUCACGCCGGAAGCGUGAUUCCACCAAAGCGGUCGUCCAGGGGUGGCCUCAUCAAGAAAAACCUGGACCUCGCCUCUUGGAACGUGGGCAAAUGCUCCGAGACGCUGACCCUCCUGGUGGCGGCUCUUUAUGACCACGAGGGCCUCGUGCAGGCACGAGAAGUUGAGACGUUGUGCGAUUGCACGUCGGCCAAGCAUCUCCUCUACAACCACGUUUGGUCGGCGUUGCGGUUUUCUGGCCUGUUCGACGUGGAGGGCGCCGUCGUGGACCCCGCCAAGGAAGGCACGAACAGCGCCAAGAUCCGGAGGCUCCUGUUCGCGGGCGAUUCCUGGUCUAUUACGCUGGGCAGGGUCAAGGCUGAGAUCGCCAGGCUCGGCCACCCGCGCUUGGCGGAGAACUUGGGGCCAAUGGAGCUGAACGCUCUUGCGUGUCAGUUCCUUCGCGUCCUCCGCAACUUCGUCUUCCCGCUGGCGCGCUCCGGUUGGCGGGACCCGUCCAUGGCGCCGGUCAUGGCGGGUCGGUGGCAGAGGUUCCUCGAUCGGUGCCGGCCCGCCAGGGUCUCCGUCAUCUGA